CAGUCAAAGUUUGCUCAGUUUUUGUUAUUAACGCGUUUGUUGUUGUAUUUUAUUACUACUGCGAGCGCCGCCGUAUAAUGGUUAUGUUUCUGAAAUAAAUUAGUUGAAAAGAAGGCAAGCGCGCUCAGUCACAAACGAUCCUACGACGCGCAUCGCUGAACGCGGAAAGCUUGCGCGCAGUGCACGAACGAAACGAUAUACAAAAAAAAAGAAUAUAAAAAAUAUAUUUCAGCAAAAAAUUGCAGCAAUUAGCAGAAUAAAACAACAAAAUUAACUUUAAAGUUUACAAAAAUAAUUAAAGCUUACCAAAAAGCUACGCGUUAGGCAACCAAAGCGUUACAGUGUUCUCUAAAAAUACCACAGAAAGCAAAAAAAUCAAACUAGCGGAGCUGCAAUACAUGAGCGCCAUGAAAGACAAUAGACUCACCACGGCCGAUCGCCGUUUCCUGCGCAGCUUACUAACCGAUCUAAUCAUCUUCAUUGUGCUCAGCAUACCGAUCCUCAUAUGCGAGUUUGUGCUCGAACCUUUUCGACGCGGCUUCUUUUGUGACGACGAGUCGAUACGUUAUCCUUUUCGUCCAAAUACGAUAACCACUGUCCUCCUCGCUGUAAUUGUUGUGGCUGUGCCGGCGUCAAUAAUGCUUUUAGUCGAAUUAACGCUCUUCUAUCGUUGCGAUCGCAUACGCGAAACGGUGUUGCUGCUCGGCUACAAGGUGCCCGCAUGGCUGGUGGAAUUCGCGCAGCAUGCGCUCUACUUUACCUUCGGUGGUCUGCUAACGUUGGAGGCGACGGAGAUCGGCAAGUUCACAAUUGGACGGUUGCGUCCACAUUUCAUCAGCGUGUGUCAGCCACAGUUGAGCGACGGCAGCAAUUGCGAGUCGCCACAGAAUCUGCAUCGCUACAUUGAGAAUUAUGUUUGUGUGGGCAGUGGCUAUACGUCGGAAGACGUAUGGCAGGCGCGUCUCUCCUUCCCCAGCGGGCACUCGAGCUUGAGCUUCUUUGCGCUCACCUAUGUCGCCAUAUAUCUGCAGUACAAGAUCACCUGGCGCGGUUCGAAAUUGACGCGGCAUUUCCUACAGUUCACACUCGUCAUGUUGGCUUGGUUUACGGCGUUGUCGCGCAUCAUGGACAACUGGCAUCACUGGUCGGAUGUGCUUUGCGGCGGUCUGUUGGGUUUAGCAAUGGCCUUGAUUACGGCGCGUUAUAUAACAAAGGAAUUUAAGACGCCUCAAGCGUGCUUGCGUGUGGAGCUGCCACGACAGGAUACGUGCACGACGCUGAACGAGAUUGUGCCGACGCCGCCACCGUAUACGUUGGGACAUGGCGUCGAUGGCAGCAUGCCGUCGCUGCAAGGGGCGAGCAAUGGCAGCAACACGCAGAGCUACAGUAAUGAGCAGUAUUGCUCGAAAGUGUGAUUUUUGGCGGUGACAGUCGGGGAAGUGGAAUUGUUUUGUACUUGUGAUAGUUAUUAACUAAGUGGUUGAAAUAUUGUUAAGUGCUGAUAAUGUAAAGUGGGUAGCAAUGAGCAAACAACUACUUGAAAAACUGAAACCAAAUGAAGUGUGAAUGGGAACAGUUUUUAAUAUUAAGCUGUAAUGUAUGCAUAUCAUACGUUGAAAUUCAUGUUUAGCUUAUAGUAUAAGCAAAUUGGUUAAAAGUAUUUAAAAGUAAAAGAGAACAGUUUGGAAAGUGUUAUGCAACUCACACUUGCCAGUAAAUAACUGUAGCUAGAAAGCUUUAAGUGCUAGCUCUUGUGAAGCGUAACUUUAUUAUAUAUUAAGUGGAUUUAUUGUAUUUUUUCAGUAUUUAAAAAAAAACUAAAAGUAUUUAAAUGUCAUAUAGAAAAAAGCGCUAGAGAACAUGAUUGUUAAAAAGGGAAGUGAAAGUGGAAACAGUUUAAAAUCAAUGUAAACCUGUAAAAUUAAAAGUACGGCGCAUAAUCAAAACUAAUUUCAAAGAAAAUCGUAUUAACCAAACUGGGAACAGUUUUAUUUGUGCAGAGAACAGUUAAAUUUUUUCAAAGGUAGCUACACAUUAAGCAUAAAACAAUAUAGUUGCCACAAAAUUCGUAUUAAAAAACUGGGAACAGUUUGAAGUAACUGAAAAUUGUGCGAAUUGAAGACUUGUUGUUUUAAUAAACAAUAAUUUGAAAGAAAAUUGCACAAAACAAGUUGAGAGCAGUUUUAUUAGCACUGAGAACAGUUAAAAUUUCAUAAUCAACCAUAAGCUAAGCAGAAAAUACAUACUAAAACCAAAGAUCUUUUAAUUUUUAAGAAAAAAACUAAAAUAUUAUUGCUAAAGUAAUUAUUUUUACAAAAUUUUAUAAAAAAAAUAUAAAAAACAAAUUGUAUGACAGCGCUUAAGAAAAAGUAUACUAUCAAAUAAAUUUUUAUUGCAAAACGCAAACCUAAGCAGAUUUUAAUGUCAUACUUAUAAUACUUGUACACAAAAACAUUGAUUUCUCAGCUUUAUUAUUAAGUUAUAAUGUAUUUGAAAACUUAUUCCUAAUUUCCGCCGUCUCAGUAUAAGUUCCACAUAAAUUUGCGUGUAUAUGUGCGCACGUUUAUAUGAGCCAUAGCUUUAAUUUGAUAACUUAUUAAAGUAAGUUGCAGUUCAGCUUAAAUCAGCAGUUUUGUGGUUAUUUAUAAAAUUACGUUUAAGUAAUUAUUCAAUAAUAAAGCAAAAACCAUUGAUA